CUCCUCCCCGCGCCGCUCCCGCUCCCGGCGCUCACCUUCCCGCCUCGCCGCGCCGCCCGCCGCAUCCUCCUGCAGCCCCCGCGCGCUGGCCGCACCCGCCUCCGGGACCCGCCGCCCGCGCCGCCCUCGCCGGUGGAGGAGGAGGUCGCCGAGGAAGAGGACGACGACGCGCCUCCGCUCAGGCUCCUCGAACCGCCCCAGGAGGAAGACCCCUUCCCGGCCGAGAUGGAGCCGGCCGACCCCGAUUUCUACCGGAUAGGAUACGUGCGGAUGAUGCGGGCGUACGGGAUUGAGUUCUUGGAAGGUCCCGAUGGGAUGGCCGUCUACGCCUCCCGUGACGUCGAGCCACUCCGCAGAGCUAGAGUGAUUAUGGAGAUUCCAUUGGAGCUGAUGCUGACUAUAACUCAAAAACGUCCUUGGAUGUUUUUCCCUGACAUUAUUCCACUAGGCCAUCCAAUAUUUCACAUCAUUGAAUCAACAGAUCCUGAGACAGAUUGGGAUCUAAGGUUAGCUUGCCUUCUUCUGUAUGCAUUUGAUGUAGAAGACAACUUUUGGCAGUUAUAUGGUGAUUUUUUACCUAGUGCUGAUGAAUGCACCAGCUUGCUUUUGGCACCAAAGGAGGAUCUAAUGGAACUAGAAGACCAAGAUCUUUCCAUGAAAAUGUUAAAGAACCAGCAGAGAGCAAUUGAUUUUUGGCAAAAGCAUUGGCACAAAACAGUCCCUCUAAAGAUAAAACGUCUUGCCCCUGACCAUGAGAGAUUUCUAUGGGCACUGAGCAUUGUUCAGUCUCGCUCUGUCAAUGUGAAACUGAGAAUGGGAGCCUUCCUCCAAGAUGCAAAUGUCCUAGCGCCAUAUGCUGAUAUGCUGAAUCACUCACCUGAUGCUAAUUGUUUCCUGCAUUGGCGUUUCAAAGAUCGUAUGCUUGAAGUUAUGAUUAAGGCUGGGCAUGCUGUCAAAAAAGGAGAAGAGAUGACGAUUGAUUAUAUGAGUGGAGUGAACAGCUCUUUUAUGGAAAGAUAUGGUUUCUCAUCACCAACGAAUCCUUGGGAGCUUAUCAAUUUCUCAAGUGAUGCCAAGAUUCAUCUGGAUUCCUUCCUAUCAGUCUUCAACAUUGCUGGCUUGCAUGAUGAGCUCUACCACAAUUCUGCAUUGACCUUAGGAGAAAAUAAUUUUGUUGAUGGAGGAGUUGUGGCAGCUGCAAGAACUCUGCCAACAUGGUCAGACGGUGAUGUUCCUGCCAUACCAAGCGUGGAAAGAAAAUCUGCUCAGGUAUUACAAGAGGAAUGCCACACGAUGCUGGAGUCCUUUUCAACCACUAUUCAACAAGACCAAGAGAUUUUAGAUUCUGAUGGACCUAUCAGAAGAACACGUGAAAUUGCAAUCAAAUAUCGGCUACACCGGAAGCUGCUCCUGCAGAAAAUUAUCGAUGCAUUGGAUAUCUAUCAGGAUAGAAUUUUGUUUUAGAGAUAGCUGUAUAGGAACACACCACUAGCUGAGCUCCAGUGCUAGUUUGCUAAAUGCUGGAGGUUCUUUUAGAUGAUUUUUUGAAGGGGCUUUCAGUCACCUAUGUAACAAUUGUUGAUUCAUUUAGAUAAUUCCACUUUGGUAGGUAGCAGGCAUAGUGAAAUAAGACAAGAAGGUUCAUGCCUUUUUGUAAGAUAGUGAGAGCUUUGUUGAAGACGGUCAUGAUACAAAUCAUGCUGAGAACACUUGCUACCUGCUUUGCAUAAUUAAGAUGUACACAAUUGUAGUUUUAGAUGAUGGCUUAUUAUACGUGCUUGGCGGCGUGUCGGUGCAUGCAGUCUGCAAACUUCAUCACCAUAUUCUUAUUGAGAUUGAGAUUGGAGUGCAUAGUUACACUGUCGCCAUGUCGGCCAGGCAACAGAAAAAACUUGUCUUUUCUCCGGCCGGAGAUCGGAAAGGAAGAAGGUGACAGGCAAGGCAGCGAAGUGUUGACGACACCAAACAACAAAUCGAACGGGACACGCGUCAACGACUUCACCGACAACAACGUCACACGAGCCUGCCCGGUCUCUACGACAAGCUCGCUUCACUUUCACAUCAAGAGAUCCAGCAUUGCUGCCUGCCCCCUGCCAAGCAGUAGUUGUUUUUUUUUUUUGGAAAAACAUUACUAUUACA